AUGCCGUUCAAAAGGAUGAAUUCGCCUGCCAACGACUUUCGGUUCAGCUUAUCGGCAGCCAAGUUCGCGUCUGAGUACGACCCUAAGUAUACUGUCUUGCGCGUGCUCGUCGCUGGUGUCAUGCACACCUUGAAGCUGCAGGUACUGUAUAGUCCCUCGCGAUACGUUGGCGAGCUUGUAGUCCUGGAAUCGCGGCUGGUGCGUCUGAAGCGUCGCCUUUUGGACGGCAAACGCAAUGUCUGGCCGCGUACAUCUCGACACCCAGAUAAGACUGCCGACGAGUGA